AUGGAGAUACUUCAUAUAUUUGCAUAUGACACAAAUAUAUACGUCGUAACAUUUCUCACUGCUGACAGAUUCCUCAUUGUCUAUUUCCCAGUCUGGUGGCAACAUCACCGGACCAAGCAUUUCUCGGUAAUGAUGUGUGUGAUUUUGUGGUUCGUUUCUGGCCUAGAGUCACUGGUGGAAUAUUUUUCCUGCUAUGCAACAGUCAGUACUUGGGCUUAUACCACCUGUAGAACUGCAAGCGUGCUGGCACUCAUCAUGGAGGUCAUUAUUUUUUCCUCCUGCAUUUUCUGUUUCUCUUUUGCCAUUUGGAUCAGAAUGCAAAGAUCACAGCAAAAGCAUCGAGCAAGACUUGACAUAACCAUUGUGGCCAUAGCAAUUCUUAUUCUUUUGCUUACUGUCCCAGUUAGACUUGUUAAUAUUAUUUCACUUUGGGUAAGUGCAAUAGAUUAUUAUAUGUUCACUAGCAUUAGUCUGUUACUGGAUUCUUCUACCUGCAGCACCAUUCCUUUUGUAUUCUUCAUUGUUGGAAGCUGGAAGAGGCAGAAAGGCUUUGAACCCUUCUAUAUGUUUCUUGAGAGGGCUUUAAAGGAUACUGAAGUCACAUCAGAGCCAACACCAGCGGACCAGGAGCAGGCAUGACAAUAUCCUUGGCCUCAGAAAUAAUUUCUUUUUUUAAAAAAAUGUGUGUUUUAUGGAGAGAGAAACGACGUUCCUUCCAAGUUUCAGAAUAAAUUUAU